UCAAAAAUUAAAAAUGACAUUUUUAUUUAUGCUUUAUUUUAAUUUAUUGUAGAUGUUUAGUUUUUUCUAAAAUAUACCCAGUUUUAAAGGUGAAAACGAAUUAUAUUAAGUUAGUAGUUACCCCUAGGGGCGGUUGCUGCACCUAAAAUUUUUUCAGUAAACUGUAUAUAAGAAAAUCUGUAAUCUUGUUAUUCAAUUAUGGCAAAAGAUAUAAUAGUUCUUACCCCAAAUGGUAGAAGACAAAUAGUUCACUGCACACCUGACACUAUAAUUUUGCAAGUUUUAGAAGAUGCAUGUAUGAAGCAAGGCUUUCAACCAACAGAUUAUGAUUUAAAACAUCAUAAUCAUAUCCUUGAUUUGACAACUACUAUAAGAUUUUCCAAUUUACCCAAUAAGGCUACUUUGGAAAUGGUUGAAACAGAAAGGAGAAGAUUAGAGUCAAAUGUUACAGUUGGUUUAUUGUUGGAAGAAGGUGAAAGGAGAACAGCAGAUUUUCCACCUAAUACAUCCCUGUAUGAUUUAGUGACAUCGCUUGCACCAUCUGAAUAUAGCUCAUUACCCCAUCCAACAAUUUUAUAUAUGCGCCAAGAAGUGGUGGGAGAGACAGCUCUCAGGAAUAAAACAUUAAGACAACUUGGAUUAAUAAGUGGUCGAGCCGUUUUAAGACUGCUAAACAAAUCUGAAGAAGGCAGGCAAGCAAAUGUGUCUGCCGUUUAUAGAAGACCACUAUCCGAAAAACCUGAUAUUAAAGAACAGAAUAUAGAAGCGCGUACAACAAACUUACAUCAGUUUAAUGAUGACUCAUCAGAGCCUGGACCUUCUGAUAUCCGAAAAAAUGUAGAUUAUACAAAAUUUGAUCCAAUUGAACACAUUAAGAUUGUUAAAAAGGAAGCUGUACUAGAAAAAGAGAAAAGUACUGAAGAAGUGCAAUAUGAAGAAUCAAUUAACACGAAACCUGCAAUUGAAGAAACUAAAAUGGAUAUUGAUCAUAAAAACAAUGAUGAAAAUAUUACUGGAACAUCCAAUACAUCAUUAAUUACUCAAGAGAAUUUAGAGAGAUGUUUAAAAAUUGAAGAAGAAGUCACAUUUAUAGGAACACAGAAGGCUAUAGCAUUCAUGCAACCUGAUGACACCGAAGAUGAACUAGAAGACCUACCCAAUGAUUUUUACGACUUAACAAUUGAAGAAGUUCGUAAACUUUACCAUGAUUUACAACAACAUCGCUUGGAAUUAGAAAAUACACCACUGAUUACUGCUAACAAACGAGAAGAAAAUAUUAAACAGACAUCACAACAAAAACUACUUAUGUAUAAAAAUGCAGUGGUGAGAGUGCAGUUUCCAGAUCGUAUGAUACUUCAAGGUAUUUUUUCACCAAACGAUACAAUAGAAGAUGUAAUAAAUUUCGUUAAAACUUAUCUACAAACUCCUGACAAACCAUUUCAUAUUUUUACGACUCCUCUAAAGGAAGUUUUAGAUCCGACAACAACCUUAUUUAAUGCAAAAUUUGUGCCCUGUGUUCAUAUGCAUUUUAAGUGGUCGGAUGACAAUAAUGGAGAACCAUAUCUUAAAGCAGAAGUAUAUUUAAAAAAGACUACAAGUGAUGCAGCCGGCAUUUUGGCGUCUAAAUAUAGAGCUCCAUGCAGAAGAAAAUUGGAAGAUUCCUCAGAUAGCUCUUUGAAGUCAUUAAGAGAUCAGCCAUCAACAUCAAAACACAGUAAAGUUCCAAAGUGGUUUAAAUAAUAAUUCUUAAGUUAUUUUGAAAAUAUAAUAUUCUCUGAUUC